AUGGCGGACGAUCUAAAGGUUGGAUUUGUCGGAGGCGGAUCUAUGGCAAAAGCAUUAGCCAAAGGAUUUAUAACGACAAACACCGUCAGAGCAAGUAACAUUAUCGCUAGUGCUACCACGGAAAAAACGCUGGCUGUCUGGAAGGUGAGACAAUUUGUCCUCUUUUAAAUUAAAAUGUAGCUAGGUACUUAGGCACGUGUUAUCUAAACUACGAUCGAUCAGUGCUAGUAAAAAUUUGUGAAAAUUUGAAUCCCUUUUCCCUACCACGAGAGGCAACCUCGUUAUCCUGUCACAAGAAGGCUGCCAAAAUGUGGAUUUUCAGUUUACAAUGGUGCAAUAAGGAUUCUUAAGGAUAAGAAUUAAAAUCUUCAUCAGCGACCUUUAGGAGGGAAAAGGUUAUCUUCAUCAUCAUCGUUAUUAUCAUUGUCGUCUUUUGUUCUAAGCCCACAGAGUGGCUUUAUAAACCAAUGUAUAUCAUGUAUGCUUGUAUCCCAAUUACUGAGUUGCUCAGAGGAGCAACGUAUAAUUUCCUCUUUUUACCUGCUUCCUUCUUAAUAAGAUUUGUUGUUUUGUGAAUCUGUUAAAUGCUUCCAUUAAUCACGCAAAUGGAACCCCAGUUGCCAAAAAAAAAAAAAAAAAAAAAACCCUUCGUGGGAAAUCGAAAAAGAUGUAGUUUCAAGGGUAAAAUGUGAAAAGAUAAAUUUAGAAGAAAGAAAUUCAUGUCACUAAGAGAUUCAAAGUUACCAAGUGUGACAUAUAUCAAUAUUUGCAUCCCUGUGGUACCUGCGUUUGAGCUAGCAGAUAGUAGCUUAAAAUUGAACUUUUGAUGUUUCUUAUUUUAUAGGAUAUGGGCUGUCAGACAACACUGAAUAAUAAGGAAGUUGUUGAAAAUUCAAAUGUGGUGUUUUUAGCGGUAAAACCUUACUUAAUAGCUCCUGUUGCAAAAGAGAUCAAGUCUUCCAUUGACACAUCUAGACACCUUGUUGUGUCAGUAGCUGCGGCCAUUACCACAGAUGUGAUCGAGGAGGUGAGAGCCAUGAGUGUUUUUCGAUUCAUAACAUUUACAAUGCAACAAAGAAAAGAGAGCCUUUGCAUAUCAUAAUUAUCCCCUUCUAGGGGAUAAUUAUAAUAUACCUCCCAACAAAGAGACAUAAAGAUAUGGAUAACAGAUCUUCCUCUUACAGCUGACACUAAGAGUUAUCUUACUUGACUGUCAGUAUUUGUAAAACCUGAAAUUCUCAAUAUGCAUUUAUUUGUUAUUUAUUUUUUUCUUUUUUUUCUAUUAGUUCAAUGUUUUUUGUUCAUUUAAAUGUGAAGGGAACAUUUUGAUCAAAUACAUUUGAUAAUAUAAUGUUACAAUCAAAUCAGGUCAUAUGUGUUCUAAUUUAAACUUUAGAAGCUAAUAAAACCUGUGUUGUGUUUAGAGAAGUAAAUUACUACAUAUGUGAAAACUUUGCCAAAAAACUCAUUUUCCCUUCAUGUUUAAUUUAUUGCCUUAACUAGAAUUUCUUUCUCUCAAAAGUCAACUUCAAUUUAAAUAUUAAUUAGAUGACAAAAAACGAGAAUAACUUUAGUGUCUUAUAAAAUAUGUCCUGCUCCAAAGGUAAAAAGAAAUGGAGAAUUUUUAGGGAUUAAGAAGCUAAACAUUCAAUUGACCAUACAUGAAUUAAUAUUUUUUGGCAAACACUUGACCAACUUCAAUAGUGAGGAACAAGCCAUUGAUAUGUAACAUAGUGCACAUAUUCAUGAUGACCACAUCAUAAUUUCCUGAUCUUUAAUUGUAGUCAUGUAUUCCUUAUUGUCUAGAGUUUACCACCAAACACUCGUGUCAUUCGAGCAAACCCAAAUUUGGCCUGUUCUGUGCAGUGUGGUGCUUUGGCAUUCUGUAAAGGAAGGUGCACAUUGGCAGCAGAUGUACAACUGAUAACAAUACUUCUUCAAACUAGUGGUAGGAAAAUUGAUGGAUGUGUCAACAGACUAUUUCUCUUUUGUUGAGAUCUCCUUUAGUGUAAUGUGUAAGUUAAGUGAGGCCCAAGGUUAUUUCACCUCAGUCUUUCAACUCAAUCAAAUUGUGCUUGACAAACUUUAGAGCAGACAAAUGAGGAGGGUGGUAUGGAAACUCAGAGAGAUGAACAGUUUUUCUAAGCUUUUUGCUGUUAAGUUCCAUCGUGCUCUUUUGUGUGGUUGACUGACUGACUUAAGAGUGAAAACCAGGGUUCUUAUCAUUUCAUUUUCUGUUACCAAUUGUUAACUCUGACUCCCAUGAAUGGUGCAAGAAGGUUUUUGUGAGGAUAGUGGCUAGUAUGAAGAAACCGAGACUGUUACUUCAGAAUGCUUUUCCUCUGUAGGUGACCUCUGAGAAUAAAACAUAAGCAUUCAGUAAUUAUGCAUAGUUUUAGCAACAACAUUCCACUAGUGCUGCUAACUGAGGCAUCCCUUUUACCACAGGUAUGUGUGUGGAGGUGAAAGAAUCUCAGAUGAAUGCGAUUACUGCUGUGGGUGGAAGUGCCCUGGCUUUUUUCUUCCUUGCCAUUGAGGCAAUGAGUGAUGGAGGUGUGAGGGUGGGUUUACCAAGAGCUUUGUCAACGGAUCUGGCCACUCAGACUGUUCUCGGAGCAGCACGGCUGGUACAGGAAACAGGAAAACAUCCAGCUCAGGUAUAUCAUGGCACAUAUGUGUUAUUGACUCAGCUUGAAGUCAACAUGGUUGGGUAUUGACCAAGUUUUGUUUGUCAAUUUUGUGGACCAUGAAGAUGUCAAAUUUAAAAAUGCCUUAAAAGAAGUUAUCCAGCAUACAACUAUUUUGGUGAAAAAGGGUGGUCCAUAAAGGAUUCGAUCAAAAAACAAGGGUGCAAGGAAAUUUGCAACAGGUAGUGAGGAGAGUUAACAAUCAGAUCUUGGGACAUAAAGGGUUAAAAGCUGUGAUGCAUUUGGGCCUGUAAACUCAUAGAGGUACGGGAUCAAUAUCAGUAUCUGGGCAACUGCCCACCUACCCCUCCCCUAACCCAACAUUAACCCUAACUUGUUAUCAGUUGACUGUUAUUAAAUUAGGGGAGGGGUAAGUGGGCAGUUGCCCAGAUACUGAUAUUGAUCCGAUGUACGUUCUCCUGUAAGCCCCUCACAAAACAAUUGUGUUUGAAAUAUUUUAGUUAAAAGAUGAAGUUUGUUCUCCGGGUGGAACGACGAUUGCUGGAAUUCAGACUUUGGAGAGAGCCGCAUUUAGAAGCUGCUUCAUUGAUGCCGUGGAUUCGACAACAAAACGAGCGGCGGAAAUUGCUGAGCUACAGAAAUCUAAAGGAAAAUGACGGACGAAUUGAUAUGUGGCUGAAACUGUUUAUAAAUUAGAUCCAAAAGCUCUUUAUGAAAGACAAUAAAAUUUUAGAGUCAUGUAUACUUUUGUUGGAAAAUUAUGUGAUUAAGUGAUUUUUUUAAAAAAGAGAUUCGCUUUAGAAACAUUUCUCGCACUUUUGUAGCUCGACUCGCGAAGGGGAAGCGCAAAUCGUGGGUUCUCGAAGACAAACCUAUUCGGAAAGCUUAUCAGUCCAUAAUGUAUAAGAAUGUGCAAUUCCACUUUAUUAUAAUAAACCCUUAAUAGUCCAUUGCUAUUAAUCUCGAUUUUCUUGAAAUGCACUUUCGAAAAGGAAACUAUCGGUGGC